GUGAUGGGGAGUACCACUUGUAGUCGCCUUUUUCUGAAUAGACGGGGUUUCUAUUCUAUUGCCAGAAGACAGAGUCAGACAUUUAAUUGUCAAAUUUCGAGACAAUUGAACACAGUAUCUCGACCUUGGUCAAAUAGAAAUUUGAGAGGGAAUAGCUGGUCUUUAAGGAAUCAAGUUUCAUUAUGUCGUUACAUAUCAACAGAAAAUCAAGUAAAAUCAGAUUUACAGAUAAAAACCGAUUAUUUAGAGUUUAAAAGCAACAAUUUACAGUUGUCAUGGUUAUGGUUGCGAGAUCAUUGUCGUUGUGAAGUCUGCUACAACCAUGUGACUAAUCAAAAGAAUUUCUUGGUAGAUCCAUCAGGUUCACAAUCUUCAUCUGUUACUCCAGAAAAUGUAGAAUUAGAAAGUGACGGACAGGAAUUGAAAAUAACUUGGAAAGAUAAUCAUAUUACAAGAUAUGACAUUCCCUGGUUAAAAGAAAAUUCAUUUUCAACAGAAAGUAAACAACGAAUAAAACAGUUUUUUUGGACUGGAGAAAAGAUGAGAUCUGAAGAUCGUCCAGUAGUUGAUUAUGAAGAUCACAUGAAAACAGAAGAAGGGUUAAAACAGUCCCUAUAUUACUUGUUAAAGUAUGGUUUUACAAUUGUUCAAGGGGCACCAGUUACUAUUAAAGAUACAGGAAAAGUUUCUGAACGUGUGGCAAAUAUUAUGGAAACUUUUUUUGGUCGUGUAUGGAGUUUUACCGCCGACUUUGAGAGAGCUGAUACUGCUUAUAGUUAUGUUGGUCUAGGUUGUCAUACAGAUACAUCAUAUUUAACAUGUCCAGCUGGGAUGCAAGUAUUUCAUUGUAUAGAACACGAUGGUGAAGGGGGGCAAACUCUGUUAGUCGAUGGUUUUCAAGCUGCUCAUAAAUUAAGACAAGACCAUGAAGAGGACUUUAAUUAUUUAACCCGUGCUAUUGUACCUCAUGAAUUUCUGGAUAAGAAAACUAAAGAUCAUUAUCGUAGUCUUGGUCCUGUCCUGUCAGUUUCACCAACUUCAAGGGAGUUAACCCAUAUCAGAUUCAAGAUGAACAAUUUUGCACCUUUAUCUACCAUUCCACAAAAUGAGAUGAAGCAAUUUUACACAGCUUAUAACAGACUACGAACAAACCUGGUGAAUCCGGCUAAUGAAUUUUGGUUGAAGUUAAAACCUGGUAUGGUAUUAUUUGUUGAUAACUGGCGUGUUUUACAUGGUAGAUCUAGUUUUACUGGUAAACGGGUAGUUUGUGGUUGCUAUAUCAACAGAAAUGAUCUUAAUAAUGCCUACAGAAGACAUGGUAUGUUGUAGGUUAUGUAGUUUGUGGUUGCUAUAGCAACAGAAAUGAUUUUAAUAAUGCCUACAGAAGACACCAUAUGUUAUGAAAAUUGAAAGGAUUGGAAAACAAGUUGCACACUGUCCAUCCACAGUCUUUUUUAUUGUUUCUCAUUGAGUACAAUCAAAAAAUGAAUCCGUUAAAUAUUCAAGGAUGUCCGUCUGUGGGUACAUUUUCUGAUUUAAUCAAUGCGAGUUGUUGAGACUUAUUGGGCCAAUUUUAA